ACAAUCAGCUGUCAUCAGUGACAGCGCACAGAACGCACCGAUAAAAAAGCAAGCAUUGCGUGCAUUAAGGUUUCGUUCCGUUUCUUUGCCGUGCAUUUUCCCUAGUUUAUUCUGUUCUUGACUCAUUUGAGAUUCUCGUAUCAGCAACAUGUCGUCCGCAGCCGAAGAAGCGAACCACAAACCGGAGUCACCGACCGCUCCGGCGCAAGAAAACACUUCCGAAGAAAACCCCUUGCAGGCAAAAGCCGACGAGCUCGGUGCUCGUGGGAAUGAGUUUUUCAAAGAACAAAACUACGAGCAGGCAAUCGCGCUCUACACCGAGGCGAUCGAAACGUGCCCGAACGAGCGGUUCUACGCAAACCGCAGCUUCGCCCACUUCCGCACAGAAUCGUACGGUUACGCUCUGAGCGAUGCUGAUAAGGCGAUAUCGAUGAAAAACAGCUACACCAAAGCGUACUACCGCCGGGCGGCCGCGCUGAUGGCGCUCGGCAGGUUCAAGAAGGCGCUGGCCGACCUGGAGUUUGUCGCGAAACGGUGCCCAAGCGCGAAGGAUGCCCAGGACAAGUACACGGAGUGCAAAAAGAUGGUAAACAAGAUCGCGUUCGAGAAGGCCAUCUCGGUGCAGCAUCAGGAAAAGAGCGUGGAAAAAAUGUGCCGUGAUAUGGAAUUCGCAACUAUCGAGGAUGACUACACUGGACCGAAGCUGGAAAACGGUAAGGUAACGCUGGAGUUCAUGAAGAGUCUACUUGAGUGGUACAAGAAGCAGAACAAGCUGCAUAAAAACUUUGCCUACAGGAUUCUUUGCGAUAUGGAAACGCUGCUGAAAACGCAACCCUCCCUGGUGGAGAUACCAGUGCCGGACGAACAAAAGUUUACAGUGUGUGGCGAUAUCCAUGGGCAGUUCUACGACCUGCUACAUAUAUUCGAAAUCAAUGGUUUGCCAUCGCCCACCAAUCCCUACCUAUUCAAUGGCGAUUUCGUCGACAGGGGCUCAUUCUCGGUGGAAUGCAUCUUCACCCUGUUCGGUUUUAAGUUGCUAUAUCCCAACCACUUCUUCCUCGCGCGAGGAAAUCACGAAAGCUUCAACAUGAACCAGCUGUACGGUUUUACCGGCGAGGUGGUUUCGAAGUACUCGCAAAACAUGGCCGACAUGUUUACGCUCGUGUACAACUGGCUGCCACUGUGCCAUUUGAUCAACAAAAAGGUGCUGGUAAUGCACGGCGGGCUGUUCUCGAAGGAUAACGUGUCGCUGGACGAUUUGCGCUCGAUCGAUCGCAACUGUCAGCCGCCGGAGGAGGGCCUGAUGUGCGAACUGCUGUGGUCCGAUCCGCAUCCCCUGCCCGGGCGCGUACCGUCGAAGCGCGGCGUCGGCAUACAGUUCGGCCCCGAUGUAACGGAGGCAUUCCUGAAGUACAACAAUCUGGACUACAUCAUUCGCAGCCACGAGGUCAAGGCGGAGGGUUACGAGGUGGACCAUAACGGCAAAUGCAUAACCGUCUUUUCGGCACCUAAUUAUUGCGAUCAAAUGAAGAAUCUGGGAGCAUUCAUCACACUGAAAGGGAAUGAUUUGACGCCGAAGUUCACUACCUACGCAGAUUCGCCACAUCCCUCCAUUCGGCCGAUGGCAUACGCUUACAGUUUGAUGUCAUAGUACGGUUAAAGCGCUCAGUUGAAAGGUAUUGAACGUAAUUUCAAUAUGUUUUCUUCAUUUGUUGCUGUUUGACUUUUGCGUUAAAAUCUCCAUCAUCGCAGUGAUCGUGAGGCAAGCUCAAUGAUUCAUUCGUUGUAGGGUACGAUCGAUCAGAUCCUUGUUUAUUUCGUUUCCUUCCUGUUUUUUCUUCUUAUUCAAGUAUCAAUUAUAUCAGAGCCAAUUGAAACCCAGCUCCGAGAAUUUGGCAAAAUAGAUGUCUUUUUUUAAUGUUUGCUGGAGCUUUACAAAUGAUGAGAGAUCAUAACACGAACAUGAGUGAAUGGCAGCAUAGAAAAAAGGUGACGGAACGCGUUACACUUGAACAUGUUUCCUUCAGCAAAACAUCGGUCUAUUAACCUAGUUUUCUUGAUAAGUAAUUAUCAUUAAAAAAACAAAUGUGGCCAGCAAAUAGUACAUAAAUAUCCGAUAAACAGAAAGAUGGCAAAAUGUUUGAUCCGCGGUUGCAUUAUGCAGUUAGAGCUUUAUUGAAAAGCAGUGCAAACGAUUGGUUAAAUGCUCUUGUAAUAUUACAAUUUGGUCUUUUGGUGUGCGUGAAGUUGAAAACUGUAUAGAGAGAACAUACAAAUAGAUGGAGAACGGACCGUUGGCAAAACAAAAA